GAUCACGUGACAAGUUGGAUCGCCAUUUUAGACAGCGUGAACCUCUGGACUUUGAAGUGAACCUUGCGGUUUAGCGUCAAUAAUGGAUAUAAAAGAAUGGCUAUGUAAAACCAUGGUGAAGUUAUGUUUUCCUUUGUAAUCCAGAUAAGAAAGAGGGUAAGGCCCUAACAACCAGAAAUAAACAGCUGAUUAUCUUCAGCAAAGUUCUACCUUGUCAAUGCUGUAGGAAAUCAAGAGAUCUCAGUGCGGCAUCAGAACAGCUGACUAUAACCAGGUCACUCGGUUGUGCAAAUGAUUGUGCAAGACCUAAUUAAGCUCAACCAUAAAUUGUCUCUAACACAACCAGAAUGAAACCCUCCUGCAACUACACAGUUUAAAGUAGCACAAAGAUAAUGACAAUGAAUAACACUGCUGUGCUUUCUUCAGUAUCAACAAGCCUGGAAGAGAAGGACAAUUUUAGGUGCACAGAGUGCAGCUAUUUCACCCACAACAAACAUUACUUGAAGCAACACUUCGAUCUGGUUCAUCUAGCCGCCCGUCCCUUUAAAUGCCCAUUCUGUGACUAUGCUGGCAAGCGCAGUCACUCCCUGAAGGAGCACCUGCUGAUCCACAGCUCUGAGAGGCCUUACGAGUGCACGUACUGCAAUGCGAAUUUCCGUAAGAAGGGGCAUUUAACAAACCACAUCAAGAUGCACGCAACUCAGCGUGUGUUUGAGUGUAAUCUGUGCCAGAAGCAGUUUCUUGAGCGUAACUUGCUGUACAGCCACCUGAGGGAGGUGCAUCCUAAAGGUGGGGUCUUUCUGUGCGAUUCUUGCGACUAUGCCACGACCAUUAAAAGUAACAUUAUCAUGCACAUGAACACUCAUUCUGGGGCACGCACCCAUCAGUGCAGUCACUGUUCCUACUCUACGACGCAGCUGAACUUGCUGGAACAGCACUCUAAGUCACAUGUAUCAUGGGAGCCACCUUCCCAGGCCAGUCAGCAUCAAAAACAGCUGCCUUCUCCGUCCACUUCCACCACAGUGCAGCCCAAGUCUUCUUUUCCUGUCAUUUUUAUGAAGUGCUCCGAAUGUGGGUUUACCACUGAUAGAAAGGACAUCCUCAGAGACCAUAUGUACCAACAUGUAUCAUUGGAUGAGGUUGAGGAAGCUGCCACCCAGGAAGAAGAGGAGCAGGCUGUGGCAGAAAAAAGUGAGAGAUCUCAACACCAAACUUCAAUAUCGACAGCUGCCCAGCCACCUUCAGUGGCCAUAUACAAGUGUACAGACUGCAGUUUCACCAGCCAAGACGUCGAUCUAUUCGUAAGUCACAUGGUGUCCCAUAAAUCCAAAGGGUCAGGGUCAAGCCAAACCAGUAGGGAUAAUCUCAGCACGGCUGCUGACCUUUGUAAGACCCCUGGCCAGCAAGUGACCACUGCUGUAAACUCCAGUGGUGGUCAGUUGGCAUUUGUGUUUGACCAAGGCCAGUCUGUGUACAGAUGUACCAUAUGUAGUUACACAUGUGAGCACCAGAGGACCAUCAAAGCACAUGUUUGGAAGCACUCGGGACACCAGGAGAUAGAGUACCCCAUGUUUCAGAAUGGGCCGCUGAGUAUUUACGACGAUGUGGCAGUCUCGACACAACAGAAGAGUGAGGCAACUCGAGGAGGGAUGCAGCAGAAAAGUGAGGACAUCGAGGGGAAAAAUAACACAGACAUGAUGGUGCCAAAAUCUCAGUAUUCUGGAGCACAGAUGCCCAUGUCAAUACAGGGUCAAAGUCCAAAAGAUGUCAGGAUUGUGAAAAUUUUGGACAAGAAGGGGUCUGACAUUGGAGUGAUAUGGCAACCAAAAAAGGCAGCACCGCCACCAGAGGCCAGCCCUGUCUCAAGACAAUCCCAACAGGCAACUAGAAAUUCAACUGCUUCCAAUUCUACCUCCAUUACACAACAUACUGCCCCAAAUCUUGUCAAUCUGUUGAAAAUGAGUAGCCGGGAUAGAUCUCAAUUACUGGCCCAAUCCCUAAAAUCGUCUGAUCCAUCUUACAUCCAUUUGUUUGCUACCUCUGAUAAAGAAGGCAGUGGUAAUCUUGUGGGGUCUGUGCUGAAGAGCAGUGCGUGUCCUCUCAAUGAAGGAGACAGUCGGCAUUUUGUUCCUGCUACAGGAAAGUCUCCAAGUGCCAUGGUAACUCGAAGUCAAACGUCUAGAGGAAGACGCCAGAUUGCAAACCAGUCGUCAACUGCUAUUGGUGUCAGUGAAGUUUCCAUGGCAACAAGUAUCUUGGAGAAGAUAAAUGAGCAGUCUUUAGCAGAUGGAGAGGUUGGCAUGGAAACCAAUAAAGAGGAUGUUAGCUCAGAUGUUUCUAUGGACUCAGUUGGAGGCCAAGUUGGCUCCCGAGUUCCUGAUAGCCCAACAAGUGAAAACAUACGUCUGGUGACACAGGGGAAACGCAGGGCAAAUGACGAGGAAAUCCAAGCGGUUAUCAAGAAGAUGAGACAAGAAGGUCUUAUACAAAACAGAGGCAAUGUUAUUGUUGAGGCUUUAAAUGAGGCAUAUACCACCCAGAACUUCACCUUCCAGAACAGUCCACGACUGCUGGACACCCAGAGCGAGGCCACCUCGGAGAGCACACUGCAGCAGUCUAUUACAAUGUCAUUGACCAGUCAGAGUGUAGCAUCUGAGGGUGCCAUGAUAGAAAUCUCUGGACAUGAAGGGGAACACAGUGCAGAAAACCAGGCAACACAGGAGCAAAUGGAGAGCCAAGUCGGUGUCUCUCAACAACAGCAGCAGCAGCAGUCUAGUCCCACCCUCCACAGCGAGGAUCAAGCUGUUAGUCUGCUGUCCCUGCUAAAGAAGGGACCCAAUCUGAAUCCAGCGUGCCCAGUAAAUGCUGAUAAGAUUCAGGGGGUCAUCAAACUGCAAGCCCCUCCGAAAUACAAGAUGAAGGAUGAUACUACCCAAACUGGGGCAGAGGUGGCUGAUGCCAAGGCUGACAGAGAUGAAAGUGGCAGCACAGCUCUAAGUACCUGCACUGAAGGUUCAAAGCCAAAGUCUGGGAUAUGUAGCUCACUGCUGGCCGUCAUAGAGCAGCUGAGAGAAAGGUCAAAGUCCGAGAGUGAUGCAGACGUGGAUGAGGUAAUGGGUGAUGGGGGAAAAUCCAGUGGAAGUGGGAAAGGGCGCCGCAGGAAAGGAGGCCGUGUCACUAGUCAGACUAGGUCAUUGGACGAUUCAAAGUGGUUGGAAACUUUGGAGAAUGUUGAAAAACUUGAUGAUAUGGAAGGACAGUAUAGAUGUAAGCUUUGCCAUUACAUGUCUGCCAAUGCCAGUCUUAUGUGCACGCACAUGCGCUUGCACAAAGACAAGCAGCCAUUUGAGUGCUCUCUUUGCAGCUUUGUUGCAGACUCCAAUGAAUCUCUGCAAAGUCACAUGAUUCAGCACUGUAAAAUCAGAACUUAUCAAUGCAAGACAUGUUCAGCCGUUUUCAACUAUAAGAGCCAGCUACGUGCUCACAUGCGAGGGCAUGAGAAAGACGCCAAACGACCUUACAUGUGUGAAGCCUGCUGCUUUGAAACCCAUGACCAGGUAGCUUUUAAAUUGCACCUGCAAUCCCACAAUGUGCCAAAAAGCGUACCAGACCCAGUGAGUGUGAAAUGCCUUAAGUGUGGAAGCAUUUUUUCUUCAUGUGAAGAACUAAAGGAGCACUGUAAGCUCCAUCUUUUGGACAAUAAGACAACCGAUAAUGAAUCUGAUGAAGGAUAUAAGGAGGCCAAGGUUUUUGCCCAGCAGGGGGAGCUUUCAGGCCCCUUGAAGUGUCAGCACUGCGAUUUUGUAGCAGGCUCAAGUCGUAGCCUGAAGUCACACAUGAAAAGACACGCCAACGAUCAGCGCUAUGUUCAACAGCCACUGGAGCAGUAUAAAUGUAACCUAUGUGGCUACAUCUGUCACCAUCUUCCGUCCUUGAAAUCGCACAUGUGGCGUCAUGCCAGCGAUGCCAACUACAGCUACCAGUACACAAAUGAUGUCAUCAACGCAGCCAUUGAUUAUGAAACUGAUGCCACAGCUGAGCCAGACGACACAGAUUCAACCAAUGAUAAUGAGGAAGACAUCAUGCCUUCCACUGCAGAGUCCCAGUUACCAGAGCCAGUCAGAAGAGAGGCCGCAGACAGUUAUCUAAUACCUAGCCGUAGCAGUGAAGGUCAAGGUGAAGGUCAAAGUGAAGGUCAGAAGGCCGUGUGUCUGGUGACUUUCAGAUGCUGCCAGUGUGGUUAUGAAACAAUCAGCAAGUCUUUUCUCAACAUACACAUGAAGCUCCAUUCUGAUGUUAUAAAGAAACUGGAGGAAGGAAAGGCCAUUUAGCAAUGAAGAAACUAGUAUUUUAUAGUUCAGUGAAAUUAGAGCUUGUUUAAUUGUAAAUUAAGGUUAGUGAUAGGUAGUUUUUAAAAGUAGCUAUUAAACCUGCAUUAUGUAUAACAGUUAUAAAUUAGCUUAUUUUAAAAAUAGCAUUGCUCAAAAAUUGACGUUCUAGUGAUGGAUGAAUUUCCUUUUGUUGGCUUUUUUAAUGUACAAUUAGCAUUGCUUUGUAUCAAAACUCCCAUGUUUAACUAUUUAGAUACUGUUUUAUUCAAUGAGUGGUAGAGUUGAAAGGGUAAGUAUAAAAGAAAAUGUCAUCAAAUUUAUUUAUUUAUCUGCUUUUGUCAAUUUUGACAUUUUUUUUAGUUAUUGACUUUACAAAUUAAAAGUGUGUUCACAUCUAGUUUAACUUAAGACUUAAUUAAUAGACCAUGUGUAUACAGUUCUGGGCUAAACAUUAAGUCACAUCUGCCCAGUAAAUACACAUAAAACAGGUUCAAGUUGAGCAUGGUUUGAAUUCAUUUUCAGACUGACCUUACUUAGGAUGACAUCACCAGUCUAUUUUAAGUUAGCAAAUUAUGAUAUUCAUUGUAUAAACAGUCAUUUUUGAAUAUUAAGAGAUGCCAGUGCUGCCUACUUUUGUUCAUUUUCAAUGAUGCAGAAUUAUUGCAAAUAAUUAUUUAUUUAACCUGCUUACAGUAAUUAGAAUUGAUUAAAUUUCAAUUAGUGUUCAAUUAGUAAAGUGUUUUUGCCCAGUUUCCUAAUUAUUUAACUUUAGCAUGGUCUUAAUAUUAAUUUUUGGUUUAUUGUAAAAUAUGAGGUUUCUAAAAUAUUAAAAAUGAUCAGUCUGAUUUAGAAUUGGCUAAAUUUAAAAAUAAGGGACAAACAGUAUGAUAAUGCUGACAUUACUCAGUUGUGUGAAUAAUUUUGUAAAAUGUUUAUAUGCCAGUCUCAAAAUUUGUUAUAAUUCUUGAACAGUAUUAGAGAAUACUACUAUAGAUGCCCAGUAAGAUGCUUUUUUUUUCAUUCAUUUUGAUGUAAUAAGUCUUAUGCUAACUGCCAUAUUAAGUAAUUAAGUAUUAUUUCUUUUACAUUUUCCUGUACUGAUAAGGAAGGGUUACUGGGGUGCCUUUGGUUAAAAGCCUAAGGUUUUUUAUUGAUAAGUUAUAGGUACUGUAUUUUGGUUGGGGUGCAGAGGGAAAGGUGUAUGUUGACCUAGAAAUAAAUUGGAUAUGGCAUAUUUUUGUUUUCAUUUAAAGGUAUUUAUACCAGUACAAAAAAAAA